AUGGACCCAACUCUCCAUCUCCCACGAAUCCUCUGUCUCCACGGCGGAGGCACCAACGCCCGUAUCUUCCGCAUGCAAUGCCGCAUCAUAGAACGAGCACUCCGUUCUCAUUUCCGCCUCGUCUACGCAGAAGCGCCCCUUUCCGCACAACCAGGCUCCGAUGUAACAGCCGCCUACAAAGACUAUGGGCCCUUCAAAGCCUGGCUCCGUGUACACGCAAAAGAUCCCCUCUUCUCAGAAGACCAAAUCGUGGACGGCAUAAGGAACUCAAUAUCCAACGCCCAGAUAGCAGACAAUAAGCUCGGCGCAACAGGCGAAUGGGUCGGACUUCUAGGAUUUAGCCAGGGUGCUCAUCUCGCAGCCAGCAUUCUAGCAAACCAACAAGUCGCACACAACGGUACAGAUCCUAUUUACAAGUUUGCUAUUCUGCUGGCGGGACGGGGCCCACUGCGGUGGCUGAAUCCUGCUUUACCUAUGCCGACGGGAUUUAUUGAUGCUACGCAGUGUACGACUGGACAGGAGCUGGUUGUUGACUCUAUAGAGUGCCGGGUGAAGAUCCCGACGGUGCAUGUUCAUGGUCUGGUUGAUCCGAAUCUGGAGCUUCACCGCUUGCUGCUUUAUCGGCAUUGUGAGUGGGCGUCUACGGCACUUGUUGAGUGGGAGGGAGACCAUCGGGUGCCUAUCAAAGCUAAGGAUGUUGUUCCGGUUGUACAGGAGAUUCUCAAUGUGGCACGGCGGACGGGGGUGAUAGGUAAAUCGGUCUGGGACAGAGGCGUUUGA